AACGUAAAAUGAUUACGUCAAAAAUAAAGUAGGCAAAGUAGGUAAAUAAAGCUCGGAAAUAGUUUUGCUUUUAUGAAUAAUUAUUAAUAUUGUAUGCUUUAACAAAUAUGCUUUACUUCUUUAUUCGAUUAUGUAGUGUUUUUCUAUGUUCAAUGUUUUGAGAUAUUAAUUCAUUAUGGUUUGAAGUUGACCGAGUGUUAUUUCGUUAUCAGAACAAACAAUGUUUGCCCCAAGUCAAGAGUUAAAAUCUACAAACAUUUUUGAUACAUCAGUAUCUAGAGAAGAAUCCGAAUCAAACGAAUUCGAAAUCCGUAAUGUCUUUCAAAGCACUCAAGCUGAUACAAAACAGAUUGUGGUAAAAAAUAUGGGUGAAGAGAUGUCUGAUCAUGUUAUUGAUGAAGGGAUAUUCGCGGAACCAUUCGUCCAUAUGGUCAGUGGCAAAUCUCAAACAUCAAGUUUGUAUUCCGGUCAUAUUGUACCAAGCACUUUUAUACAAGACUACACAAACCACAGUGAAGAAAGACGUAGUGAAAAUUAUGAACAACAGCAUAAAAACAAUAUAUUAUUUCCUCUAGUUCUUCUUGAGAACUGGGGACCCAAGUUAGAAGGUAGCUCUUUGUAUUGCAAAGAUUGUCAAAUCUUAUUCCCUACAAGCGACGCACUGCAGGCCCAUAACAUGUCUGAACACACAUUCCUAGUUCCUACAUGCAACAAUGAACCUAUAAAAUCAUCUGUAAAAGGCAGUAGUCAUAUACUCUAUCAGUGUAAAACAUGUGACAUUUUGUACGAUAACUAUGAUAAAGCUGUGGAACACAGUCAGAACCAUCUUAAUGAUAUGGCAAAUAACGUAAUCAUAAUGCAGUGUCUAAAGUGUGACAAGAAAUUCGACUCUACUUCUAUUAAUAAACACCGAGAGCUACACAUCGAAAGUAACAAAACUGAGGAUUCUUUAAUUUUGUUUAAAAUUGUAACAUUUGAUUACACAGCAUUAUUCAAAUCGGAGUGGAUGCUUAUGUUUUGGGCUGCCAAAGUUCCUGAGAAGCAAAUCUUGUCAAUUAUAAAUCGAAGUAUUUAUUUCCAAUAUAAGGAUAUCAAAUUUAAAGUUGUGAAGGAUGGACCGGAAAACGCGGUUUUAUUUAAAUGCGCCAAGUGCGAACGGCACAUUAAUCCAUCAACCCUUACAGACCAUAUGGAUUGGUGCCAAGGUGAGAGCGAAUACAUCUGUCCACUGAACAAUUGCGGGCUGAAAUUCUGCGGUACUGAAGCGCCCUGGCAUUCGAACCAACACGAAUGGUCAGACACAUUUAAAAUUGUCCUCUUCAACGAAGAAAGAGACAAGAAAUUCAAUGAAAUUUUAAAAUGGCAUAGUGCUAAGGCGAAAGUAAACCCCGAUAAAAAGUUAUAUUAUUAUUACCAGUGUAGAAAAUGUAAGUGUUGCACAGAUGCCCGGACUGACAUAGCCACGCAUAGAUGCUGUUAUGCGGUUCACAGAAUUCUCUGCGAUAAGUGCGACCUCUUUUUUGCUGGUAGCAAAAUAUAUAAGAGACACAAAAAGUUGCAUGAUGAUGGACAUAUUGACAAGAAAAUGACCAGGAUGACGAUAUAUUUCAAACCUAAAACUUUCACAAUCCCCGGAAAGUCUUCGAAAAAACUUUCAUACAAAUGUGGUAGUUGUGGAUCUUCAUUCCACGAUAAAGCUGAAUUUACAAAGCACAUGCUCAUUUGCAGAUCAGUCGGACAGAAAGCAAGACACAAUAAUCUAUAUCAUUGCAAAAACUGUUCAUUAAAUUUUAUGCUGUUGGAAGAUUUGGAAAACCAUGUAGCAUCUGGAGAUUAUUGUGGCAGCCACGUCACCAAAUAUAAAUGUCGCAUCUGUGGACUGCUAUUUACUAAAGAAACAUUGCAAAGGCAUAAUGAAAUGCAUCAUAAUCAAAUGAAGUUAACAUCGACUCAUUUAAAUGUAAUCAAAACAAAGCUUGACCUUUUUAAUACAGCGAAAGACAAAGAAGUCGACAGUAGAGUCCUAAUGAAAGGUAUUCUCGGCGAUAUCUUAGAUCAAAGUCCGGUACAAAAUAAAUCUAACGACAUACCUACUGGAAAGACAGAGGAAUCGGUGUUAAAUAACGAUUUAUUUAGUAAUACACUUUAUAAGUGCGAUAGUUGUUCCACACACUUCCUAACAGCCGAUAUAUUGGAGUGGCACAUCAGAAAUUCGAAACAUGACGUUGCAAAGUCGAAUUGUACUUUUUGUGAAUAUGAUUUUACUGUAAAUGAUCUUCCAACACACAUAUUCAUUCAUCAUGAUCAAAUGGGAUCGAAACGAGAUAACUUUGAUAUUAUAAGCAAUAGCGAAGCAACAAACAGUGCAAACAUUUUUCAAGAUAUGAAAUGUUUAGAAUCUAACAUGGAAAUAUUUAACACUGUUCAACCGACCAGCGAAAAUAGCUAAAAUCAAGUCUUGCGGGCUUAAAACCUGUUUCAUGACGAGCGGAUGAAUGCAUAUAAUCAUAAUCUAUUAUAGCAAAGCUCAGAGAAAUUGUGGACGGGAAUUGCGUUUGGGCUAGCUUUAUACUUAUUUUUUACUGCCAUUUUUUGUCGGAGGAGAAUAAGUCUAUGCGUGUGCAGAGGGGAGCGCGUCGCUUGGCAACUCCUGUCUAUAAUUUAUCUGAGAUAGUAAAAUAUCGCGCCAUCCCUUGGCUCUAAUAACGCGCCAAAUAAGUGCACUGUGCGGCAUAGUUAUUGAUUGUGUAAAUUGUUUUUUAUUGUAUAAAUCUCAUAAUUUUUAUUGUUGUGACGUCGUUGAUGUGGAUAAUUAAACAAUUGAACAAUGCAAA